AUGAACAACCAACAUUCCAAUCCCGAUCGCAUUCGACGCUCGCUCGACCGCCGCACCACCGACGGUUUCUGCGACUGCGGAUCUCAACGACAACCCGCGUUGCAUCGCAUCGCUUCGGUGCGUCAACAAGAGGGAGUCUCGCUGCGACAACUCCGCAGCAUGAUGAAGAUCGGGCUGCCCGAACUCCGUCGGCAGGAACGCGCGACAACUGACCUGCGGCUGAGCGAACUCUACCGCUGGCAGCAGGCCCUGAAGGUUCCAGUCGCCGAGCUAUUGUCCGACCCUCCCGAUCGCCUCUCACCGAGCCUCGUCGAGCGGACGCGGAUGGUUCGUGCCAUGAAAACCGCGCUGAGUAUCGUCGACCGGUGCGACAAUCCGGAAAUGAAGCAGCUCGCCGAGCAAUUGGUGGCCGAGCUGAACGAAGCCAUUCCGGGUCUCGAAAGCGUGGGAGCGUGGCCGCUGGUGCAGCAGCGAAACGGGAAAGACUUCGGCCGCACGCUCGAACAGAUCAUCUCCACCCAGUUGGUCGACGAGUCGACUCUCAUGUUUCAAGGUAUCUUGCGCCUCUUAGUGGCCAUGUUGAUAGCUUGCGCGGUUACGCCGCUGCAAGCUUCCGAGCAGACGGCCCCCAACAUCGUGUGGAUCUUCGUCGAAGACAUGAACGGCUGGAUGGGCUGUUACGGCGACGACACGGUACCCACGCCCAACAUCGACCGUCUCGCCGCACGUGGCCUGCGUUUCGAUCGCGCCUACAUGCCCGCCGGGGUCUGCUCGGCCACGCGUUCGGCCAUGGCUCUUGGCACGAUGCAAACCACCAUGGGCGUGCACAAUCAUCGCAGCUCUCGCCAGCGCGUGCCGGAAGAAGUCAUCUAUCUUCCCGAUGGAGUAAAAACCUUCUACGAAAUCCUCCGCGACAACGGCUACUACGUCUACAACGGUGGUGGCAAGAACGACUUCAACUUCAUCUGGGACAAGAAAGACCUGUACGACUUCGACGGUCGCCGCAUCGGCUUCCACGGCCCCGAGUGGCGUAAGCGUGCCGCCGAUCAGCCAUUCUUCGCCCAGAUCCAACUCCGCGGCGGGAAGAACACCGGCCAGUUUGCCGGGGCAAAGAAGAUCGACAACGACAAGACACACACCGACCCCGCUGCGGUCGAAGUCCCACCGUACUAUCCCGACCACGAGGUGAUCCGCAAAGAGAUCGCCCACCACUACGAUUGCAUCCGCCAGACGGACGACGAAGUGGGGCAGAUCAUUGCAGCCCUCGAACAAGAUAACCUGUUGGAUAACACCAUCGUGUUCUUCUUCACCGACCACGGCAUGCGUCUGCACCGCCACAAGCAAUGGUUAUACGAAGGCGGGAUCCGCGUUCCGGUGGUCGUGGCCGGUCUCGGCAUCCCCGAAGAUGCCAGCCGCGACGACUUGAUCAGCGGGAUCGACAUCACCACCACCACCUUGGCCCUGGCCGGCGUCCCCAUCCCCGAUUACAUGGAAGGACGGGACCUGUUCGAGUCAGACCACGAGCCCCGCGAGUUUGUCAUCUCCGCCCGCGACCGGUGCGACUUCACCAUUGAACGCGUUCGGGCCGUAACCACCGAACGGUACAAAUACCUUCGCAACUUCCUCACCGACCGCUCCUUCAUGCAGCCGCAAUACCGCGACGGCCGCGAUUACAUGGAAGUGUGCCGUAUACUGCACGAGGAAGGAAAACUCUCCCCCGUGCAAGACUUCAAAUGGUCGGAGACUCGUGUACCGGAAGAAUUCUACGACCUGGUUAACGACCCUCACGAGACCGUGAACCUGGUAGACGAUCCAGAGUUCGCCGACGAACUCAACAAACACCGGCAGAUCCUGCAAACCUGGAUCGAGGAAACCGAUGACAAGGGCCAGUACCCCGAAUCGAUCGACUCCCUCCGCGGUGUGCUCAAAGAACGCGGCGACAAGGCCGUAAACCCCGAAUACGACAAGGCCCGCGGGAAAUAA